CUUGCUUGCCUUCUACCUCACAUGCAGGCCAGCGAGGCUUGGUUUGGCUGCGUCAACCACCCCUCGUCCGCACAUCGUGGCUUUUUCUCCUCUCGUUGGUGCUUCGCUCCCAAAGCCGAGGGUCGUGUCGUCAUGACUGAUCCUGGUGGAUGGAGUCGUCCGGGGCGAUCGCCUGGACUGUUAGUGUUGGGUACUGGUUUCGAUCUGCCAUUCUCCUCUUCCCUCAGGAACACUCGUGGUCUUGCUGUACUUGUGGUUCGACAAAUGAGAGCCCGAAGGGCCGGUAAUCGGCGUAUCGGUUCGCCCUCGCUGGUCACCUCCACCACCUCCACCGUUCCGUUCCCACUAUCUUUUGUGCCUUAGUCAUGCUAAGUCAGUCCAACGCACGAGAUAUGGGGCUAUUGGAAUUUUUGCAAGGGCAUAUGAAAAUGGUGAAAAAUGAGAAUGAG